AUGGUAGCCAUCGUCUUCAUUUUUCCAGGGAGAAGAAAGCUUAAGGCUUCACAAUUGAAGGCUGGUUUUUGGGAAUCCAUCAGAUCUGGGUUUUUGAAGAACAAUACAACACAGGUUAUAGAACCGCCCUCCCCUCCUGAUGAAGGAGAAGAACAGUUGCCUCAGGAGUUUGUUCUUGUCGAAAAGACCCUAACAGAUGGAACAAUUGAACAAAUUAUGUUUUCUUCAGGUGGGGAUGUUGACGUGUAUGAUCUCCAAGCCUUAUGCGACAAGGUUGGCUGGCCUCGAAGGCCACUGUCCAAAUUAGCUGCGGCUUUGAAAAAUAGCUAUAUGGUAGCUACGUUGCAUUCUAUAAAGAAACCAUCUGGAGCAGAAGGGAGCAACCAAAGGACGCUUAUAGGCAUGGCUCGUGCUACAUCGGAUCAUGCCUUCAAUGCGACUAUAUGGGAUGUCCUUGUUGAUCCUUAUUAUCAGGGCCAAGGUCUUGGAAAGGUCCUUGUUGAGAAGCUUAUAAGGGCUCUCCUGCAAAGGGAUAUCUGCAAUAUUACACUUUUCGCGGAUAGUCAAGUUGUGGAAUUUUAUCGGAAGCUAGGUUUUGAACCUGAUCCAGAGGGCAUCAAAGUAGCUGUCUCAGUGGCCUCGGCACCGCUUGAUACUGCUAACAGUACAUUGCUCAUGUAG